AUGCCUCGUGCUUCUCAAUCACAAAGUCUGUUCGCGGAGUCAUCUGAUUCAUUGGAAUCACCAGUUGAAACCCACCUAAUAGUUAACAUGGUGAAAACGAUACUUAAUUUAUCGAUAAACAAGGCGGUAAUAAAGAGAACGGAUAUUAUUAACAUCGCUCUUAAAGGAGAUAUUCGUCUGUACAAUCGAAUAAUACCUGAAGUCAUCGAUAUUUUACGCGAGAUCUACGGAUAUGAAUUGAUAGAAAUUGAAAGUAAGAGUCAAAAAACCAUGAUUCUUUGUUCUACCUUAGAACCAGGUUCACUGCUAGAGUUAAACGAAAGCAAUCAACGAAAGUUCACGUUCCUGUUCCUUGUAUUGGGUUACAUAUAUAUGAAAAAUGGAAUUGUUCCCGAAAAUUUGCUCUGGGAAUUUCUCCACACGAUCGGUAUUGAAGAACAGCAGGAACAUUCAUACUUCGGAGAACCAAAAAAGAUAUUUGAAAGCUUCAUAAAACAAGCUUAUGUUAUGCGUUUCAAACAAUCGAUGGAAGGAAUGAGUGAUGAAGUUGUUUUCGUAAGCUGGGGAGUCCGAUCCAAGCACGAGGUAUCCAAAAAGGAAAUGCUAGAGUCAAUAUGCAAAAUUAUGAAGCGAAAGCCGUCGGAUUUCAAAACACAGUACAUUGAAACACAAGGUUUACCAAACACGUCGGUGGGUGAUUUAAUGGAAAUAGAAUAA